ACCAGAAAUACUCGACACUACUUUCUCUGGGGCUGCGCCACCUGAGAGUGGCGACGUCUCUAUGGUGGCUUUAACCGAUGCCCAAACUCCUCGUUGCCCAUCGCAAACUCACCGCCAAAAACAGAAAAAAAUAACCAUCGCAGACUUGGGAGUUUAUCAAGUCACUUGCCCUAUUCCUUAUCGUUUUUAUUUUUUUUCCAUAUUCUCCCAUGAGCGGUGGCUGACAAAUUAAAAAACAACAGUGGUGUUGACUACAAUUAAAUCUUGCGAUUGCAUAUUUCCCAUGAAAAUUGACGGCUUGUUGGUGGUGAGGUACCCAACCAACCCCUUGUGCCUCUCACUGGCCAUGAAUCAGUGCCUGAAGCUUAUUUAUUUGGGGUUAUGACCCAAAGUCAAUUAAUAAAAUUGCACACAAAUUUGUCGAUCUAAGACUGAAGUACUGAAGCAAUUAUGAUCUAAAGCCACCGUCGGAUGACUUCAAGAUUUUGGCAAGGCCAUCACAGAGUCUUAAGGUCUCUCACAAGUCACAACAAACAGCCCCCGCUCCUCAGAUUCUAGGGUUUCGAUUCUCUUUUGGAGCCCAAAUUGUUCUAUCAGGUGGCUGCUGUGAAACCCUAGUUUUUCAAACUGUGAAGUUUGAGAAAUUUAGGGUUCUGUUUUGUAAUGGAACUUGAAGGAGGAAAAAGCAAUGGUGGUAGUACGGAGUGCACUGAGAAAGUUCAAUCCUUGACGAGUGAAGCCAAUGGUGGUAGUACGGAGUGCACUGAGAAAGUUCAAUCCCGGAAGAGUGAAGCCAAUGGUGGUAGUACGGAGUGCACUGAGAAAGUUCAAUCCUGGAAGAGUGAAGCCAAUGAUGGUAGUACGGAAUGCACUGACAAAGCUCAAUGCUUGAAGAGUGAAGCCAAUGGAUUUGAAUUUAGGGUGUGUAAGAACUUUGCCAAAGGCCGCUCAGAUGCCAGUGAGGUUGUUCGGACUUACAAGAGGCGGAGGCGUGCAGGGUCAAGUUGGGAUAGCAGGUCACAAGAAUAUGGGGGAGCUGAUGUGGAAUCUUCGAGUCAAUUGGCAGACCAGCGUCUAAAGGAACCUGUGGGCACAGCUAUACAGAAUAACUCUUGUGAGCAAGUCCAUCUUCAAACGAAUAGUUCAGAUGCUUGCUCAGAUAGGCACUGGAGAAAUGCUGUACUGGAUAGCAUGUAUCAGUCAUUAGGUGAUGAUGAAGGUGGUGUACAAGUGUGCAUCCGAGAAGCAAUUGUACAUUUUCGAAACAUUGAUCAUACAACAAGAGUUAAGGAAUCUGGUGAUCAUGAUGCAGAUAGGCAUCAAUGUUUUUUUCCAACACGGUCUAUCUUGAAUGGACCUCAUAGUGCAGCCAAUGGGCAUGCUGGUGUUAUAUUGAAUGGAUCUUCAAAUAAAACAAACUAUCCUACAGUUACUGCAAUGUGUCAGCGUGCUUUUUUUAAUGUUUUAGUUUCAGAAAAUUUUGCUUCAUUAUGCAAACUGCUGUUGGAAAAUUUUCAAGGAAUCAAGGCUGACAGCAUUUUUGACCUUAAUCUCAUAAACUCAAGGAUGAAAAAGGGAGAUUAUGAACAUUCGCCUAUGCUAUUCUCACAUGAUAUGCAACAGAUAUGGAGAAAGCUUAAAGGGAUUGGUACUAACUUGAUUUCUCUUGCAAAAAGCCUCUCGGACAUGUCAAGGAGUUCUUACAAAGAACAGGUGGGAGGUUCAGUCCGAAAUACAUUUGAAGGUGGAAAAGAUGAGUUCUACGCCUGCGAAUCUGACUUUCACACUAAACUGGAGCAAACAGAGGACUGUGCUGUGCACAGUGUAUACACUUGCAUGCAUUGUGGAGGCAAGGCAGAUGGGAAGGAUUGUCUAGUAUGUGAUUCAUGUGAGGACAUGUACCAUAUAUCCUGCAUUCAGCCUGCUGUCAAAGAGAUUCCUCUAAAAAGUUGGUAUUGUUUGAGUUGCACUGCUAGUGGUGUUCGAUCAUCCCAUGAGAACUGUGUUGUGUGUGAGAAGUUGAAUGUGCCCAAGACUCGAGUUGAUGGAGUUGGAGGUGAAAGUGUUUCUACAGAUGAAGAAACAGUCAAUGAGAUGGGAGAGAAUUCAAAUUUUAAUACAAAUGAUGGAAUCCAACGUUUGGAAGAGAGCAAAGACUUGAACAUCUGCAAAACUUGUGGAAUGGAGGUAGAAAAAAGUGACAAGUUGAAGAUAUGUGGUCAUUCAUACUGCCCCAAGAAAUACUACCAUGAGAGGUGUCUGACAACUAAGGAGUUAAAAUCAUAUGGUCCCUGUUGGUACUGCUAUUCUUGUCUGUGCAGAGCUUGUCUCACUGAUCGAGACGAUGAUAUAAUUGUUCUUUGUGAUGGCUGUGAUCAUGGGUACCACAUCUAUUGCAUGGACCCGCCACGCAUUGGCAUUCCAAGCGGGAAAUGGUUUUGCAGAAAAUGUCGUGCAGCAAUUCAGGUCAUACGCAGGACAAGAAAGGCUUAUGAUAAGAAUGAAAAGAAACAGAAAAAGAACGGUGAAGGAUCAAGGAAGUUGAAUGAAAAACGAGCUGACAGGGAAUCAGGACAAGGUAGAGGGGGAAUGGAGUUGCUUGUAUAUGCAGUCAAGACUCUAGAUCAUGAAGAAGAUAUGAUGAGUAAAAAAGAAUGAGACAGUUUUCAGGAAUGACGUGUUCUGUGAGUAACGAUUUUGAUUUACUAGGCAUGUCGCCCAAGGCUGAGAAUUCUGCUUGUCUGCGUUGUUUAGGGGCGAUAUUUUCGUAGGUUGUAAACUCUGCUAGAUUAUGCUGACUUAUGGAUACUUGACUUAGCAAAAGACAUGAUUCUAAAGGCUGUAUAUGUAGUUUGGUCCUUGCUAAAGUGCACAAUUUGAGAAAGCGAGACUGAAGUUCGGUAAAAUGACCAUUUUAACAGCCACCGCUGAACAUACUGGUGGUUUGUGUUUUGUAA